AAAUAUUUUUUCUCGCACUCGUUCAUCUUCAAGUUCCUCUCACUGAAUCAGUUCUUAUCCGUUGUUCGAUGUGAAUUGUUGUGUACUGCUGCGGUUUGUGUUUUAAAUCAAACUUCUACAAUUAUACCUCCAAUCUAAUAGCCGAAGCAAUUUCAUCUCGAGAUAUUCGCAAUUGUUUGUGUAAACAUGUUGUGGAUUGUAAGAAACGUGACAAAUCUGUGUUCAUUGAAAGAAACUAAAAGCUGUUAACGUGGUUGCCACAUUCAACAGCAUCAGUUUCUCACCUUCCUCUUGCAUCCGCCAGUAGCGUUCGUCUUGCCCUCAGGAAGAGGGACAAAAAAAGCGAUGCGUUUUGAUUAGUGAUAAAUAACAAGAAAAAAUUGUAAACAAACACAUCGCGUAUUAGUGGAGUACCAAUGCUUUUGCAAUAAUGUUUUUUCGCGGAGGACUCAGCAUUCGGCGGAAUGUUUACUCGAAGCUGAUAUUAGUUUUGAUUGUGGCACUGAUUGUGCUAUUUUAUUUUAAAAGCUUAAACGGGAACAGCAGCCCAAAUAGCAUUCCCAUUGCAAAUGGUCUCGUAAGCAAUUUGAAUAAGGGAAAUCUGCUAGUGGCAAUAGGUACCGGUAGCCAAGAUCAGUUCUUCGAACAGCUCGUGCUGAAUGAUUUAACGAAACAGGAACCGGGCUUAGGUGACAAUGGCAAAGGAGUGGAAUUGAGUGGUGAAGCGAAGGAAAUAGGCGAAAAGCAGUUGGCAACGAUUGCAUUGAAUGAAGAGCUAAGCGAACAUCUCAGCUACAACCGGACUCCUCCAGACGAACGCCAUCCGUCGUGCAAGCGAAAAUCUUAUGACCUUGCCAACUUUCCAUCGACUAGUGUUAUUAUAAUCUUUUAUAACGAACCCUAUUCGGUUCUGGUUCGAACAGUGCACAGUGUAUUGAACACCGCCGAUCAGCGGUUAUUGAAGGAAAUUAUCCUUGUGGACGACGGCAGUACCAACGAGGAGCUCAAGGGAAAGCUCGAUUACUACAUCCGGACUCGAUUACCUUCGAAGGUUAAAAUCCUACGGCAACGAAACAGAGUUGGACUGAUCCGAGCACGAUUGGCCGGAGCCCGGUUCGCAAAGGCAGAUGUAUUGGUAUUUCUGGACGCCCACUGCGAGUGUAUGGCCCAGUGGCUGGAACCGCUGCUAGAGCGCAUCAAGGAAUCUCGGACCAGCGUGUUAGUACCGAUCAUUGACGUGAUAGAAGCAAAGAACUUCUACUACAGCACCAAUGGGGUUACUGAUUUCCAGAUCGGAGGUUUCACCUGGGACGGUCACUUCGAUUGGCACGAUGUGACCCAACGGGAGAAGGAUCGACAAUCGAAAGAGUGUAACGAAAAAGACGCCGCCAUUUGUCCUACAAACAGCCCAACAAUGGCCGGCGGUUUGUUCGCAAUAUCACGGGAUUAUUUCUGGGAAAUCGGUAGCUAUGAUGAACAAAUGGACGGCUGGGGUGGUGAGAAUCUAGAGAUGUCUUUCCGAGUGUGGCAAUGUGGUGGUACUCUGGAGACGAUACCCUGCUCCCGGAUAGGACAUAUAUUCAGGGAUUUCCAUCCGUACUCAUUUCCCAACGAUCGAGACACUCACGGAAUCAACACUGUCCGAAUGGCUGUGGUUUGGAUGGAUGACUAUAUUGAUCUUUUAUAUUUAAACAGGCCAGAUCUUAGGGAUCAUCCCGAAGUAGGAGACGUCACUCACCGAAAAGUGCUUCGCGAGAAGCUCCGUUGCAAGAGCUUCGAUUGGUACAUGAAAAAUGUGUACCCAGAAAAAUUUAUCCCCACCCGUAACGUUCAGGCGUAUGGCAGGGUUUCGUCGCUAGCGGAAAAUCUGUGCCUCGACACGCUGCAGCAAAACGCGGACAAACCCUGGAAUUUGGGCAUUUAUACAUGUUUUCGUACGGAAGUCUCCGCUUCACAGCUCAUGUCGCUAACCAAACGAGGUGUUCUACGAACGGAACGCAGCUGUGCAACCGUACAGGAUAACAAAGCGGACACCAGGUUCGUGGUGAUGAUUCCCUGUAUAGACGACGAAGACAUCGAUGAUACAUGGCAGAUCACCGAACAUCAUCAGCUUAUGCAUGUCUCAUCGGGACUGUGUCUAGACAGCAGUGAUCUGUCUACCAAGAGUUACGUUCAUGUAGCGCCUUGUCUUCCGAGAAUACGCACCCAAAAGUGGGAAUUUCAGCAUUAGCUUAACGACUGAAUCAAAAUACCAGGGGAUGAAAAAAUAAGAAGAUGGUCUGUAGGGUUUUUGCUAUUUAUUGAUCGGGACAAACAUUACCUCGUUUGCAGUUACCCUGUGAACACAUCCGCUGUAGGCGGAAUAGAGAUAUUAUAUGGUGAGCAAAAUGCAGAAACAAAAAUACCGUACAGACGUGAAAUUAUAUAUGACGCAAUAUUAUUGUAUAAUAUAACUAUAAUUUAGUUAGAUCCUAGAUAGAGAAAAUCGCGAAAACAAAGUGAAUCUUUUCACACCUGUCAAUUCCAACCAUGAGCAAAACUACAAAGUGCUCCUGCAGGCUUAGCUAUAUCUGUGCUGAUACGAAUGCGCUUUUCAUCAUUUUCUCCUCCUCUAUUAAUGUGACCUACCAUGCAAAUAAUUCAAAUCACGUCGAAUGUUGGAAGAUGCGGAAAUUGAAAUCGAGAGUGAACGAGAUAAUAAAAGCUAAUGUGAUAAUAGCACGAGACACGAUAUUAAAUAUAAUGACGAGAGUAGUGAUUAUUGGAAGAAUUAUUGUUAUGAUUGCAAAUUGUUAUAAUCACUUCGUCGUCCUAUAACGUGCAACAAUAAGUACUGUUACAACCAACAGUAGCCGCUAACGAUAAUGAAGCAUGUUUGAAUGCAACGAUGCAUGAAUAAGGAUGACAAGAAUGCGGGCAAUUCAGAACCGAUCAAGAUUCUUCUUGGCAUUAUUUUGCGUGGUUCAUUAUGACUGGAUGGUGGCAAUAGAUAAUCUCGAUAUGUUUCAAAGAGAAGUUUAGCUAAUAUGGCACUCCCUCACUUUAUUCAGUGAGAAGCAUCACAUAUCUACAAAAACAUUACAAAGCUCGCUCCCUAUUGUGCAGAAACGGAUAUUUUUAAUAACAAUUUUAUGUUCAACUGGUUUUCUUUUAAAACUAAAACAAUAAACAACCAUUUCUCGAUAAGGUGAAGACACUUCUCAUACCGACUGGUUUUUACUUAGACGUACUUAUAAGAAGAAAAAAUGGAACCAAUUUAAAUUUUAGGAAAAUAUUGCCGACAAUAUUUCUGAAUGGAAUAAUUCAAACCAUCAUGAGAUCUUGACAGAAGCGAAUCGUUUGUCUUUCCUUCUAAUCCGUUAUUUAUACUUUGUAUACUUAAGCAUAGUUUAUUGUUAUCAAAAGUGCCACAGUACUAAAACUCCUCGAAUCGUUUUAUUAGUACAUAAAUAAGACUUUCCCGCUAUGAAGCUGCAGUUCUUUACAUUCUCGAAAAUAGUGUUGCGACACUGAUAGUUUUGAAACAUCACAAUACGCUUGUCAGCAAAAAUUCUUUUUUGAACUUUUUUUUAUCGACUAGGCUAAAUUAAUCUUCGGUUCCCUAACUUUAAUCCCUGUGCCAAGUUUUAUUCCAAUAACGAAAUAUUAGGUAGUAUAUUGAAAGCAUCGAAAAACUUUUCCAUUCUUUGGAUUGAACCCUCGAAAGGUUUUGAAAAUGGAACUAUUGUAAUUAUACACGAUUGGUCAAACAACUCAACAUCUACUGAACUAAACUGCUCAAAACCAUUUCAACUUGAUUUAGUGGAAACCGCAUAGUCAAAAUAUAAUUUAUAACGUAACGAAGCAAUCAAGUCAAUGUUCAAUGGUCAGUAAAAAUUGCUUUAUUAAUUCUUUUCUAUUACCGGGUAUCUGCUGGGAAAAACUUACGAUUUAAGCAAGGUCAUUCCGUUCCAGCAGAAAUAUAUUCUGUACGUUUCACGUAUUCUUUAUCGAUAUUAAUCCAACACGUAUUUUAAUAAAUGAAUGCAAGAGACGUGUUAUCGCUAUCGUAUUGCAAAAAUCUGUAAAGAUCUGACAAAAAUUGAGCAAAAAUGAAAAAACAGAUACAUUUGUUAAUACAUCUAUUUGUUUAUAUUUUUACAUGAAA